UCUCCUCCACACCUCCUACCAGCCUGCAGCAGCAGCAGCUGGGCUUUAGUGCGGGCUGUAGUGCGGGCUUUAGUGCGGGCUGUAGUGCGGGCUUUAGUGCGGGCUGUAGCGGGGACUGUUGCAGGGACCAGUGCAGCAGCGUGUGUCCACCAUGAGGCUGGGACUCCCGGCUCUGCUGUGCCUCCUCUCGGCGCUGCUGCGCUGCGAGGGCGCGCCCCCGACCUGCUACUCCAGGGCGCUCACCCUCAGCAAAGAGACCAUGGCUCUGCUGGACAAAAUCCACACUUUCCGCCUCACUAAAACCUGCGCCGAAGUUCUUCCGACGAUCUUCCUUGAUGUGCAUAACUCCUGCAUCACCACCAAGCUCCGUGACCUUCUCUAUGUGGUGUUAAACCAUCCCAGCCAGUACUGCAGAGAGAGACCCAGAAUGGUGCUGCUGAAACGCAAAAUCCAGAACCUGUACAGCAUCAUCACCAGGAUUUGUUACCGGGACUUGGUGUUUUUCACAGAUGACUGCCCGGCCAUUGAUACCGGACACAGCAGCCCCCACUACGCAGAAGACAGACUACAGAUACUGCAGGAGGAGAGAUGAACGAUGCCCAAGGCGGACGACGGACAUAAACCGAGCUCCUGCUUCCAUAGAAACCUAAAGCAGCAACAUGCAGACCAGUAAAGCAAGUACUAGUUCUCAUCGCAGCUUGUGUUGUGUCAGAUGCAGCAUAAGUACAUAAUGCAUCUGUUCCAUGUCCAGUUGGCUGUGAGCGAGAUUCACACUCAUGUUAGUGGACAUGGGUGGCCACAUUCCAGCAACCAGUGUACAACUUUCCACAGGAAAUUUGCUGAAUACCAACCAUGCCGGUGAAAACCUUGAAAUAAUAAACUAAUAAGAGAUGCUUUUGAGUGACGCUUAACUGCUGCUUACUUACCAGGGUUGAUCAAAGGUUUCGGCACCAUUAGGAGAAACAUGCUGUACUGCACCAGCCUUCAUGUCUUAGAGCAGCAGUGUGUCAUGGUAAACAUCUGCAGGGUUGAACAUGUUCCAUAAGGGAUGGUUGUCUCAGUUUUACAGUGUGUUCAUGAAUGUUCCUGUGUAGAGUUUUAUACCCAAACAGUUAUGAUUUCAGUGUUAUUUGUACUGAACCUGAAUGAAAUUCCUGCUUUUAUGUGACUACGGUAAUAUAAAACUCUUGUCUUCUUUUAUGUGCUCUCUCUAAAUGGUAGGUUUUACAUGUAAUAAAGCUUUCAUUUUUGUAUUAGUUGUUUUAGUUCUUACAUCUUUCAUGAUACUUUUGUCAUCCAUCUUGCAUAGUUUUCGCUCGCAUGUGACAAUUUCUGAUUGAUCGAAUACGUUUAGACACAUUUUAAUGCUUUUUUAUUCAUUAAAAU